AUGUGGACCCCAAGCUACUCUUACACGCCACCCGCCACCGGUGAUAUUCCUCGCGAGGACUGGGAGGUUUUCCCUUACUACCUUCAUCGGCACUCUGGCGCGCAACGACUUUCAAACGAACUUCUAUCAACCCAGGAUUCGAUGACUGGUAUCCUGAUGGCGCGGAAGGGAGAACUAGCGGAGCUUCAAGUGGAGGAUUCGCUGAAACUGCAGUUUCUUCGUGGUUUGAUUGAUGAAGAGGUACUUACAUUGAGCGGUGAUGAUGCGGGCUAUCGUAAAAUUCUCAUUCGAGGUUUUAUUCAAGGAUGCGCUACUGGUAUUUCUGCGGGUUUGAAUGAUUUGAAUUAUGGUGAAGCAAAGUCUCUUCAUACUUUUAUGGGGAGUUAA